AUGAAUGAUAAAAAAUGUUUCUGGAAUCCAUCUGUUAAGACAUGUGUUGAUUUGGCUUGUGCAAAUAUAGAAGUUUCAAAUUUAUAUAAUACUCAUGCUAAAUGCUUUGCAGUUGAUUCAAAUCUAGGUUGUACAAUCAGAGCACUUAAUAAAGUAGCUGCUCCUGGUUGUAUGGCAAGAGGACCAUGUAGUUCAUAUACAAUUAAAGAUUAAUGCAUAACUAAUGCAAGUGGAAUAGAUUGUGUUUGGAAUACAAAUAGUAGUUUACCUGAACCUGCUUGUUAGGAUAAGUCAUGUACAACUGCUCCUUAACUAUCAACAUUAACUCACAAUGACUGCUUUAAAUAUUAUAAUACACCAAUCCAGAUGCUAAUGGUGGAUAACCAAUUCUAAGAGGAUGUUAAUAAACUGCUGGCUGUUCAACUUAAGUUAUAGGUAUUGAGUAUUGCAAGAAUCAAUGCUGCUGGAGAUCCUUGUGGUUGGAAUGGAAAAGAAUGUAAUGAUAAAUCUUGUUCUACUGCUCCUGCAACAUCAGAAUUUGAUGAUGAUGCAAAAUGUAAAGCCUAUCUCAACAAUAAAUGUACAGUCUCAUCAGAUGGAUAAGGAUGUAUAGAUAUUCCAGAGAUUUGUGAAUUAAUGAAUCAGAAAUAAUGUUAUUACAAUAGUACUGGACAACCAUGUUAUUGGACUGGAACAUUAUUGUAUUACUAAGACUUGUGA